AUGCGUCUCGACACAGCAGUAGCCCUCAUGGGCGUCGGUGCGAUGGCCCAGUUCCCCGGCUUCCCCGGAGGCAGCGAAAUCCUCCCCAGCGUUCCCGGUCUUGGUGUUCCUACCAGCGGAGUCCCCCCUGCCCCCCCUGACAACCCCUUCGGAGUCAGCGGCGGCGGCAGCUUCGACGACAACAAGGACAAGCGCUGGGAAGUCCCCAGUGCCCCUCCUGGCUUCCCCGGCGGCGGCGGCGGCGGCGUCCCCAACGUCCCUCCUGGCUUCCCCGGAGGCGGAGGCGGAGGCGGAGGCGGUGGCGUCCCCAGCAUCCCCGGUGUCCCUGCCAACGGAAACCCCGCCGUCCCUAACAGCCCCCCCGGAGCUGGCGGCGGCGGCGGCAGCUCCGACGACGACGACGACAAGGAUAAGCGCUGGGAAGUUCCCAGUGCCCCUCCUGGCUUCCCCGGCGGCGGCGGCGGCGGCGGCGUUCCCAGCGUCCCUCCUGGCUUCCCGGGAGGCGGUGGCGGCGGCAUCCCCACCAGCCUGCCCCCGGGUUUCCCCAACGUUCCUCCCGGAGCCUUCCCCACCGGCAGCUCUGGCACUACCAAGCCUACCAAGGCUCCUGGCCACGGUGACUCGGACGACGACGACGACGACAAGAAGAAGAAGGAGGACAAGCGUCACGACCACGGCCCCUCGGGCCUGACUCCCACUCCCACCCCUUCGCCUACGCUUGGACCUACGCCCAGCGUGCUGCCGCCGACUGUACCUGUUUCUGGGUCUUCCAAGGCCUUGCCUGCCUUGGGACUAAGCCUCGUGGCUGCUCUGGUCUUCUUCCUAUAA